GUAGUACGACUGUUAAAAACAUCCCCAGAGAAACCUAUAACAUUAGCCAUCGGUGAUGGUGCUAAUGAUGUGAGCAUGAUACAAGAAGCACAUGUUGGCAUAGGAAUCAUGGGUAAGGAAGGAAGACAAGCUGUAAGAAACAGUGACUAUGCAAUAGCACGGUUUAAAUUCCUCUCCAAGUUGCUUUUUGUUCAUGGACACUUUUACUAUAUUAGAAUAGCAACCCUUGUACAGUACUUUUUUUAUAAGAAUGUGUGCUUUAUUACACCACAGUUUUUAUAUCAGUUCUUCUGUUUGUUUUCACAACAAACACUCUAUGACAGUGUAUACCUGACUUUGUACAAUAUUUGUUUCACUUCCUUGCCUGUCCUCAUAUACAGUCUUUUUGAACAGCAUGUGCAUCCGCAUGUAUUACAGAGUAAACCUGUGCUCUAUCGAGAUAUCAGUAAAAAUGCCCACCUGGGGUUUAAACCAUUUCUUUACUGGACCGUCUUGGGCUUCUUCCAUGCAUUUGUUUUCUUUUAUGGCUCGUAUCUUCUAAUGGGAGAAGAUACUUCUCUGCUGGGAAAUGGCCAGAUGUUUGGAAACUGGACAUUUGGUACUUUGGUCUUCACUGUUAUGGUUAUAACCGUUACAAUGAAGAUGGCCCUAGAAACUCACUUCUGGACAUGGAUAAACCAUUUUGUUACUUGGGGAUCCAUUGUAUUUUAUUUUAUAUUCUCCUUGUUUUAUGGGGGAAUAAUCUGGCCAUUUUUACAUACCCAGGACAUGUACUUUGUAUUUGUUCAACUGUUGUCAAGUGGUUCUGCUUGGUUUGCCAUAAUCCUCAUAGUAGUUGCUUGUUUGUUUAUUGAUGUUGUGAAGAAAGUGCUGUACAGACAUCUACAACCAACAAGUACUGAAAAAGCUCAGCUUACUGAGGCAGGUUCAGGUAUCAACUGCUUGGACUCCAUGUGCUGCUUCUCAGAUGGGGAAACAGCAUGCACAUCUGUUAGAAGAAUGCUGGAACGACUAAUGGGAAGAUGUAGUCCAACCCGGGUCAACAGAUCAUGGAGUUCAUCGGAUCCCUUCUAUGCCAACGACAGAAGCAUCUUGACUCUCUCCACAAUGGACUCACCCACUUGUUAACAGGGACAUUUGUAAAUGCCUUGUGGAAGCUCACACACCUAUAGUAGGUUCUGAAGCGAGUUCAGUGCUACAUCCCUGUCCUA